AUGGAAGACGAAGACGUUGCAAUUUGUCUGCUACUCAGUCUUCCGAAGAGCUACGAAAAUGUGGUGCUCAACAUGGAAAUGAGCAGCACCGAGCUUCGCACUCAAGAUGUGGUGAGAGUCCUGACGAAUGAGCAUGCCAAGCGUCAAGGAGAAAAAGGGACAACGACAGCGACUACGGUGAAGGCUGAAGAUGCAAGCAAGGCAUUCAGCGCCGAGCGUGAGCCCUACCAAUGCACGUAUUGUGGCAAGGUGGGACACACGGUGGAUCGUUGCUGGACAAAGCAGAAGAACGAAGGUCGGGGAGCCCGACGCGGCGGCAAUGGUCGUGGACGCGGGGCUAACAAUGUCCAGUGGGGACAUCAUGAUGAAGGCAAUGGCUACGAUCGAGUGGCGUUUGCAGUCUCGUUCGAAUGUGGAGUUUCGACGAGCAUGGACGUGUCUGGAAUGUGGGCCGUCGACAGUGGUGCAACGCACCACAUUUGCCACGACAAGACCAAGUUCGCAAGUUUGGCAGAGCGCAAUGAGGGCGAACUCUUGGUGGCUGAUUGA